UCUUACUUAAACACAGGCAUUAGUUUCUUAAACACAGGCAUUAGUUUCUUAAACACAGGCAUUAGUUUCUUAAACACAGGCAUUAGCAUUAGUUUCUUAAACACAGGCAUUAGUUUCUUAAACACAGGCAUUAGUUUCUUAAACACAGGCAUUAGUUUCUUAAACACAGGCAUUAGUUUCUAA